UUUUUAUCUCAACUUGAGGCCCAUUUUUGAAAUGAUUACUAAGGUUGACAUAAACAAUUCAGCAUUUCCAAGUAAUAUUAUUAUUUAACCACUCACAGAAUUUUAUUGCCACAGAACAAUGGUUUUUACAUUUGCACCACACUUCAAAAAUCCAUCAAACGUUAUCAGAAAUGUACAAAAAUUGUCUACAAUUCUGAAACUCCAUGAAUUAUCGAAUAACGAUAAAACUAAAAGCGAUAUUUUUUUACAUUAAUCUGAUCAAUUCCCAUAAAAUCGGAAAAACAUUGAAAGCCGAGAAAUAUAUCAAUAAUACCUUCUUAAACAUUUUAAAGUACUUGAACGUACCAAUACAGAUGGCGGUGCUGUUAUUGGUUUCAAUAUGGCCGCUAUGGAGGUACCGUUGAUGGCGUUUUUUUUGCAAGAAACAUAUUUCAUGAGUGCUAUACGAAUUUUCAAAGAUGUUACGUGACAAUUUCGCCAAAUAUAUCGAGAACAAUUCCCACCUGAAAACAUGCGAGCAAUUUAGAAAUUUCAUCGACAAGGCGGAAUUCACCGAAAAUGAUCGUCAACAACUACUUGAGCUCUUAUCUGAUCGUCUCAUCAACGAGGCUAGUUCGACCAUUGUCGUCAAUUUUCCCCAGUUUUUUCCCAUCAUGCUUUCGAUGACAAUACCCCUCGAGCCCUCAGAAUUGUCCACAAGACAAAGAUCAACAUUGCCCCAUGAGAAAAAAUGUAUCCUUUUGAGUGAAUGGUUAAACCACCACCCAGAUGUCUUGGGCUAUACCCUCCGGUACUUCGAGACUCACCCAGCGCCCUUUGAAUCCGUCACGGAGAACCCAAAGUUUGUCAACAAGCGUCCGAAAAUACAGAGAAAAGCAUGCACUCCCGUUAACAAACCCAAAGAGCCUUCCGACCACGACAUUGUUAAGGCAACUUACAAAAUCCUUCUGGCAUCUCCUCCUCACUUUAAACGCAAAUGGAAUUGGUCAAACUUUUACCGGUAUUUGGAUCACAAAAAUGACGAAGUUCGUUUUAUCGUCAUCAAAUGCUUGGGUAUAGUCCUGGAGAUGUCAGAGAUGAGGACAAUGUCCUGGAUUAAAUCAUCGAUCCCACAUUAUGCAAACAGCAUGCCUAAAUUUGCCCUUGGGAGUCGCGUCAACUCACCUGUAUUAUUGACAGAGGAUUACGACCUGAAAGAAGUUGAGGAGUGCCUCGAUGAUACUAAUUUAGUAUCAAUUGCCGGAGUUUUGUUACCCGCCUUGAAGAAAAAUGAUCCAACGUCCCUGAGUCUCAUCACAGUUCCCUCGAUGGAGUCAAAUCUACGAAAUCUGGCACUGGCAGUUGCAUCAAGACAGGCUGUAUGCCUUCAGGGCCCAGUUGGCUGUGGAAAGUCAGCUCUCGUAGAGUACCUGGCUCAAAUAACUGGCAGGGGACAAUCAGACAUCAUCAAGGUCCAACUGGGGGAUCAGACAGACUCGAAAAUGCUCCUUGGGAUGUACAGGUGCACUGACAUACCUGGGGAAUUCGUCUGGCAGCCCGGUGUACUGACGCAGGCUGUUUUAUCUGGGAAGUGGCUGCUGCUGGAGGACAUUGAUAGUGCAGCUUUGGACGUUGCCAGUGUUCUCAACAGUCUGAUGGAGACUGGAAGCCUCUCCGUACCUGGAUAUCGUGAUACAGUCUACGUUAAGAGUGGAUUUCAACUGUUUGUCACUCAGCGACUCAUCACAACGAUGACUGGGGCCUUCAAGCAAUCCUCAGGUGCAUCUGGCUUGAUGGAGAACCAUUGGUUGUGCGUCCAUAUGGAGCCCCUUUCAAAGGAGGAAUUAAUCACAGUGGUGCAGACACUUUUUCCAGUUCUUUCGACCAUCGCUACGAAGAUUGUUAAUGUUUUCCUCCUAUUCUCGAGUGGUAAUCACGAGGCUGGAAGCGAAAAUCUUUCCAGAGCUGCCGGAAGGCUGAUAUCUACGAGGGAUUUAAUCAAGUGGUGUACUAGAGCUAUCGUCGACUUCAAGGUUUCCUCACCAGAGUCAGCUCUGAAAGUUCUUCAAGAUGCUAUUGAUAUUUUUUGCUGUUCAGUACCAGAUGUAGCUCUGAGACUUGAACUAGCUGUGUCUAUCGGUAAUACUCUGGGGAUCAUCAGCACAAAAGCAGAGUAUUUUGUUAAUUCCCAUAAACCAUCUAUUUCUAUCCAACCUGAGACAUUCGGAGCAGGGAGAGCUAAAAUCAAUCGUAAAAGUGCGCGUUCAGUGCAAUUGGAUGAUACUAAAGUGAAAUUCUCAUUUACGAGGCCCUCGGCCUCACUUCUUGAGCGUAUCACUAGUUGUGUAGCUCAUAAGGAGCCUGUGCUACUCGUUGGUGAGACAGGAACUGGUAAAACUAGCUCGGUUCAAUUUCUGGCUCGUAAAACAGGCCACAAACUCAUCGUCAUCAACAUGAAUCAGCAGAGUGAGAGUGCUGACCUCCUUGGAGGAUACAAACCAGUUGAUAUAAGAUUAUUGGUAACGCCUAUAAGAGAAGAAUUCGAAAUUUUAUUCAGAUCCUUCUUCGCUAUUGAGCCUAAUAGAAAAUUCUUGGAUCACGUGGCUAUUUGCUACAGGGAUGGCAAAUGGAAGACUUUGGUGAGUUUGAUGAGCCACAGCACAAGAGCGGGUAUUGAAAGACUACUCAACGGCAAACAUUCAUCGUCAUCUUCCUCGAGGAAGCGAAUUCAAGAGGGUUCGAAGACAAUUUCCCAACAAGAUGCAGAAUUGCUUAUCAAAUGGGAAAAACUGCUGACUAAACUGCAGAAACUGAAGUCACAGGUGAAGGCAGAGCUCUCUCUGGCAUUUGCGUUUAUCGAAGGGAGCUUAGUGAAAGCCCUGCAGGACGGACACUGGGUUCUGCUUGAUGAAAUCAAUCUAGCAUCAUCAGAAACCCUGGAGUGUCUCUCGGGAUUGUUGGAGGGGUCUUCAGGGUCCAUCUCUCUCUUGGAACGUGGGGAUAAUGAAUCAGUCAAGAGACACCCAGAUUUCACAAUGUUUGCCUGCAUGAAUCCAGCUACAGACGUAGGCAAGAAGGAGCUGCCAGUGGGGUUGAGGAACAGAUUCACUGAGUUUUAUGUCGAUGAAUUGACGGAACGAUCAGAUCUUCAGUUACUUGUGAGCUCUUAUCUCGAUGAUUUGAAUAUACCUUCAGUCAAAGUCGAAGCAAUUGUCAAAUUGUACUUAACUGUGCGAAAUGAAGCUAUGCAAUCGUUGAAUGAUGGGACUGGGCACAAGCCACAUUUUAGCUUGAGAACAUUGUGUCGAGCCCUGAGUGUAGCUGCUAAGAACCCUUGUGGAAAUGUUUUAAGGUCCCUCUAUGAGGCCUUCUGCUUAAGCUUCUUGACUCAGUUGGACCAGAAUUCAUAUCCAGUGGUCCACAGACUGAUUACCCAAACCAUCUUGGAUCAAAAAACCAUGAAAGGCACGUUGGGAGCUCCAAUACCAAAGCCAAAAUGUGGAAGGGACGAAGACUACAUCAACUUCGAGGGUUACUGGGUGGUGAAAGGAAGCUUGGAGCCAGAGAUUCCUGAGAACUACAUUUUAACGAGUUCCGUACGUCGAAACCUCAAGGAUCUUGUGAGAGUUGUAUCCAUCGGAAAGAUGCCAGUUCUUCUUCAAGGUGAUACAUCAGUGGGUAAAACUAGCUUGAUCACUUACCUGGCGAAGGCGUCUGGUCAUGUCUGUGUUCGUAUUAACAAUCACGAGCACACAGAUCUCCAAGAGUACGUUGGGAGUUACGUCGCGAGUGAGACUGGUAAGCUGGUCUUCAAGGAAGGGGUAUUGGUCGAAGCCAUGAGGAAGGGCUACUGGAUAAUCCUGGAUGAGUUGAAUCUCGCUCCAAGCGAUGUACUAGAGGCCCUCAAUAGAGUUCUCGACGACAACAGGGAACUCUUCAUUCCAGAAACACAACAAAUAGUCAAGGCCCACAGCAAUUUUAUGCUUUUUGCUACUCAGAAUCCUCCAGGUAUUUAUGGAGGAAGGAAAGUGCUAUCCAGGGCUUUCAGGAACAGAUUCGUUGAGCUUCAUUUCGAUGAGAUACCACCAGCUGAACUACAAGUUAUUCUUCAUGAACGUUGUCAAAUGCCUGAGUCAUACUGCAAGCAAAUCAUCGACGUUAUGACUGAUCUACAAAUGAGGAGAAAGAGUACAGCAGCUUUCUCCGGUAAACAUGGAUUUAUAACUCUGCGGGACUUGUUCAGGUGGGGUGAGAGAUUCAGACUGGCUGAAAAUAAUGAAAAAGGAUUCUAUGACUGGAGCCAGCAUAUGGCUGAUGAGGGGUAUCUGGUGCUGGCUGCCAAAAUCAGAAAGCCUGAGGAAGCGGAAGAGAUCAGACAAGUUAUUAGGAACCGCCUCAAGAGAGAUGUCGACCCAGGGAAUCUUUUUUCACUUAGUGACAAAACUUCGACAGUGACCAAACCAAUCCUCGAAGCUAUUCUAAAUAAAACAAUUCCUGGAUUUGAACAUAUCGUGUGGACGUAUCACAUGAGGAGAAUGGCAGUGCUGGUGAUCAAAUCCUGUCAGUUUAAAGAACCAGUCCUGCUGGUGGGAGAGACUGGUGGAGGGAAGACCACGGUUUGUCAGUUAGCUGCUGCUAUGAAGAAUAAACAUUUGUGGAGUGUCAAUUGUCACAUGCACACUGAGUCCUCGGACUUCCUGGGAAAUCUGCGACCGGUAAGGGAUCACAGCGAUGAUAAUCAGAAAUUAUUUGAGUGGGUAGAUGGUCCACUGAUAACUGCCAUGAGAGCUGGAGAUAUUUUCUUAGCUGAUGAGAUUUCUCUCGCUGAUGACAGUGUACUGGAGAGGAUGAACUCAUUGCUGGAGCCUGAACGCAGUCUUCUACUUGCUGAAAAAAGUACAGACUCCAAUACUACGUCAAAUGAACUGGACAGCGUCAUUACUGCUCAUGAGGACUUCUGCUUCGUUGGAACCAUGAAUCCAGGGGGAGACUAUGGAAAGAAAGAGCUGUCUCCAGCACUCAGGAAUAGAUUUACGGAAAUCUGGUGUGAGGGCUGCACCGACAACUCUGAUCUUCAACUUAUUGUCGAGCAUAAUUUACGUUCACGUCCUCAUGUAGACAAUCAGACAAUUGCAACAGCUAUGAUGAUCUUCUUGGAUUGGUUAAAGUCCUCUGAAGUCGGCAAACGUUUCUCUGUGAGCAUCAGGGAUGUUCUGACUUGGGUUGAUUUUAUGAAUUCUUCCUCUACACUAUCCACCAGUGAGGCCUAUUAUCAUGGAGCUUGUCUAACGUACAUUGAUAGCCUGGGCUCUGGUGUCACUGGGACCGAGAGUUACGAAAAACUAGAGUCAUUCAGAAUAACGGCCAUUAACUUUCUACGGCAUCAGACGCGAGAAAACUUUGAGACACAAGAAGAAAACAUGAUGGCAACAGAUCCUGAGCUGAAAUCUGAUGAACUCUUUGGUGUGGCACCUUUCUACAUUCCAGUGGGCCCAAGUGGCAAAUUGGACGACAUUGGUUUUACAUUCACAGCUCCAACCACAGGAGGAAACGCUCUGAAGGUAUUACGCGCCCUUCAAUUGAAAAAACCCCUGUUGUUGGAAGGAAGUCCGGGAGUUGGAAAGACCAGUUUAAUAUCAGCAAUAGCGAAAGCCUCGGGACACUCGUUGUUGAGGAUUAAUUUGAGCGAUCAGACUGAUGUGUCAGACCUAUUUGGAGCUGAUUUGCCUCUAGAAGGGGGCAAGGGAGGUCAAUUUGCGUGGAAAGAUGGCCCUUUUUUGAGAGCUCUGCGAGCUGGAGACUGGAUACUUCUUGAUGAACUGAAUCUGGCGUCACAGUCUGUUCUGGAGGGCCUCAACGCUUGUCUUGAUCAUCGGGGCGAGGUCUACAUUCCAGAGCUGGGGAAGACCUUCACUGUUAAACGUGGAACUAAGUUAUUUGGCUGUCAGAAUCCACUGAGACAAGGGGGAGCCCGACGAGGACUUCCAAAGUCUUUUCUGAACAGAUUCACUCAAGUUUUCGUCGAUGCUUUGUCUGACGAUGAUCUGAAUAUAAUCACACAAUGCCAGUUCCCAGAGUUGGGAGAGGACCUUGUUCGCAAAAUUGUGGAGCUUAAUUCGAAGGUUUCCUCACAAGCUGGACACACCUGGGGGCAUUAUGGUGCUCCUUGGGAGCUGAAUCUAAGAGAUAUCACGAGACUGUGUGAAUUAAUUAACUCUUACAAGACGAAUUCUUCGUUGGAUAAAUGCUUGUUUGAAGGUGUCGCUCUCAUUUAUUGUAGUCGAUUGAGAAGCCCACAUGACAAGGAUGAAGUUUCAAAAAUUUGUGAAAAGGUCUUUGGAAGAGAUGAGUACCAGAUAUUACGGCAGCCCAAAAUGCCAAUUCUGAACGUCACUGAUGAGCACCUUUACUUUGAUAAUGUGAUUGUUGAGAGGACUGAUAAAGCUCACUUCGAAGAUCGUAAUUUGCUGAUCUUGAGGAGUCACAUGUCUGUGCUGAAGGGACUGGCUUACUGUGUCAACAUGAAUUGGAUGCCUAUUCUUGUGGGACCAUCUGGAGUUGGGAAAAGCUGUGUAGUUCGAGUGCUAUCACAACUAUGUGGACAAAAACUCCGCUCGAUUGUCGUAAAUUCAGCCAUGGAUACUACAGAGAUUCUCGGCGGCUUCGAACAGACUGACUACAAUCGACACUUGGAACAGCUUAUUGCGGUAACUGAGGAUCUAGUCAUAAGAUCGAUAACGGAAAAUCUGGAGAGUAAUCGCAAGGAAGUAUUUGCCGAUCUUCAUGGUCAAUUGGAGCUUGUUAAGGGAUUAUCCACUGGUGAUGAUCUGCCCAGGACAAUGGCCGACGAGAUCGAACUCUUUUUGCAACGUAUUGAAAAACUUUUGAAGCUGACUUCAACGAUCAGAGGGCUCAGGUCGACAGAAAACAGUGGUCUGACUGAACUCGAGACUAAACUGGAAAAUCUCGCUGCAGUUGUGAAGGAAGAAAAAUGUUUGAAUGCGGGCGGUAAAUUCGAAUGGAUCGACAGUGUAUUGGUGAAGUGUUUGCGUGAUGGCACGUGGCUCCUCGUGGACCAAGUAAACCUGUGCAGUCCAGCAGUUCUCGACAGACUGAAUGGCCUCCUCGAGCCGAAUGGCGUUCUCACGAUCGGUGAACGAGGUACUGACUCAUCUGGCAACGUCCACACCAUAAAACCACAUCCGAAUUUCCGUCUUUUCCUCACCAUGGACCCCAACUACGGCGAGAUAUCAAGAGCCAUGAGGAAUCGAGGCGUAGAGAUUUACCUCUCACCACGAAGGGAUGAUCCUGAAUCCAAUACUCUGGACAUCAAGUCCCAACUAUACGCGCUGGGGCUCGUACGUGUCAAUCAUCAGAACGCAUUGAUCGAUAUCAACCGGAAAAUAUCGAGUGAGAACUUGGGUGGAAAACCAAUUGUCGGAGAUAAUGAACUUCUUCAAGCGGCAUUUCUCAUCGCGCAGCAGGUAAAUCGAGGUUUUCCUGUCAAUAAUGCCUUCAAAAUGUCGUGCAUAGAUGUUUACAUAAAAUCCAGGAGCAUUCAUGAUUCCAUCAUCAAACAGACCUUGAUUCAGUUGAUCGAUAGUUCAAUUGCUUUUCACAAACUUAUUGAAGCCGGGCCAUCGUGUCUCGAGUAUUCAGAAAUCACCCCCAAUAUUCAAGACUUCUUGGCCGAUGCCAGAACAUGUCUGUUGAAACAGCAAAGCACGAAUCUCCAGGCGAUAUCCAAUAAAUAUAAUGACUGGUGCAAGACAUCGCACACUGACAAACUUCUAAUCGAUUUCCUCGAUGAAAACUACUUCUCUACUAUCUUGAGCCCUAUCCAAAUUGAUUAUCCAGUUGCCGAACAAGUGUUCCUACAUUUUUUGGUAAAUUUCUUGGAGCGAAGUAGUGUGGAGGAUUUCCAGUGGAGGAUCGAUUUCCUCGAGAACAGAUUAUCCAGAUCAAUUUUCGACAGAUACAAACAUCUCUCGGACAAAUGCAAGCAGUUAAAGUCGAUUGUCGAUGAUGCAAGCAACGGAUUCCCCAGUCGUUCCCUUCCCUGGCAUCCGCUGUCGUCCGUUUGUGAAUUCACCCCUGAUCAAUACCAGUUGGCCCUCAAAAUCUCUCUGAUCAACUACAUCAAGAUACAUCUGGUGGAAGCAGACACUCCCAGUGGCGGCAACCGUGCCUACACUAAAGUGACAGUCCAAGAAUUCUCCCAAAUACCAGCGAACACCCUUGUUCCUCAUGGUGCCCACCUUGCAUUGAUAAACAUGUUCUCUCCAGUUGCUGAAACCAUAAGCAAAUGGAUGCAGACUUAUAUCCUCGAAGCUAUCGGUGAUUUCAACUACAACAGCUGGUUGAAUUUCAGAAGGAAUCUGAUAGGUCUGAAGCGAUUCUAUGAUCAGGGGAAACAGAUCGUUUUUGACAAAGAUGAUAAUUCGAAUGAUACGACUGACAGAAUCGAUUUUAUCACCAGAAAUCUUCAUGUCCAUUACGAGUGGGUAUUGAAAUUUGUGGAGGAAUCCCUCGAGAAAUCAAAAAAUGUUACGAACAAAAACGUAGAAAGGAUGAGCAAGAUAAUGUACGAUCUUACGACUGAAUUAGGUCCAUUUCUCCCUAGAGACAACGAUUGCUAUAGAAAGUUCGCAAAGGAUCUCCGAGAGCAUAUGAAAUUUCCACCUCCAUAUAAGUCAGUUGAGAUAAUCGCAAUGCACAAUCAAUACCAACGAAUUAUCACCGAAUUGUCACCAUUGGGUGACACUGUCUCACCCUCUUCAUUCGCUUGGAAGCUGAGAUUAAUGAUUAUCGAAAUGAAAGAAUGUAUAGCAUUAAGGGAGAGUCUUAUUAGAACCUGGCAGAAUAUAUGGAUCGGUCAAAAUCCCGAGGAGACGACUGAUGUUAUAUCUGCAGUGGAAAAUGUCACUGAUCAUAAAUUGUCGCUCAAUACUCACGAGAAAAUGUCCCAGACCCUGGACUACGUUUUGUCGAACAGAACAGCGAAGGAAUUGAACGAGUCUGUCAUGAAAAUUCAGCUAUUACCCAUUCAUGAAUACCUGUUCAUCUUGCUGGCCAACAAAUUACACCAAAUCGCUUGCGAUAAAAUGAUCAAUUUGCCGACUCAACCGGUGCAUCGUGAUAGAUUUCUACAGUUCACCAGAAUUCCUAGCCUACCAAUCAAUUUGAUCGCAGUACUUGAUGCAGUUCACAUGACCGAGAACAAAACGGAUAAUUCACUCGUGUAUGAAUUAUUCUAUCAGCUCAAUAAUUUCAAGAACACUUCACUAGCUUUCCGAACCCCAGGAGCUGUCCUCAACUUCCCUGGAGUGAGCCGGAGCGAUGCUGAUAUGAUUGAAACACCCGAUGGAGACGGUGAAAAUGAUUUAUAUUCCUUGCAGCAACCCACCCUGAUUCUCCUUUUAUCCAAUCUAAUCGGCAGUAAAGCUGACACUAACAGAGACACUUCAAUAAUGAAAACAGUAAGUCUGGGUUCCUGCACAGAGAAAACUAGACAGCUGAAGUUGCUGAAUGAUACUGUUUGGCAUAACAGUCUUGCACUGAGCUCCAAGGAAUAUGAGUUUCUUAGCAUGGAUUUGAAGGUAUUGAAGGCUCAUUUGGCUCAUUACGUCGAAGUCGUCGAAAAAAUUGGGACUGAACUAACUAUAACAGAAAAUACGUCUCCAUCAAGAGUAGACAGAUACACGUUUCAAAUGAGAAACAGGGUGGGGUUCUAUGACCCUCUGUUGAAAUUUAAGAGGUAUAUUACGUGCCCAUCUACAUUUGCACCGGAGAAUUUCAGCAUCGCCGAGCUAGGAAUAACGUGGGCUCAACUAGGCUUUCACCAGUUGUUCCUAUUCCUUCAUAUUGACAUAAUCGACCCAAUGAAGAGAUUGGAUAUUAAGAUUCAGUUCAUAACAGACUGCAUUGUAGACCUGGAAAAUAUGAUCUAUUCGCUUGACAUGGAUGCCGUGGUUUUGGGUGAUGACACAGUAAAAAUUCGCGAUCCACGGGUUCUGGAAGCUCGCAAAGCUCUAGACAAAUUGCACAUCGAGAAGGGUGAGUUGCUUCAAAGGAGGGGAUUCAGGGCUCCAACCGCCAAUUACCUCUCUCUCAGACAAAAACUUCAGACUGUCCAGGACCUCUUGAAUUCACCACAUGCAUAUUUUCAAUCAAUUCAAGACUUGCACAGUAUGUUAUUAGCUGGAUCACCGUUAGAAGACAGAUCAAUGGCCAUAUGGCAAUCCUCGAUAGAUGCAGUUAAGGAGAAAUAUAUAUUUUUGCGCGAUUUCUCAUCUAAACUGCGAGAUGAAUUCCUCGCCAAUUUCCGAGAUAUCAUUCAGCCUAUUUUGAUAUCAGUGGCCCACUUGCAGCAUGGAAUGAAGAUUCUGAUUGAUGAGAGUACAAGAUGGGUGGCAGAAAACCGAUCGAAGUUUAAUUGGUCAAUGACUGCUGAAAGCUUUCUGCACAACAUCGUCAGAUUCCCAACUGUUGGACGUGAACAGGAGAAUUUACUUCAUCUGAUUGACUUACAUAGUGGCAUCGGCACUACAAAAUUUGUUAAUAGUAAAAUAGAUGAACUGAAACUAGGAGCAGAAUUGGCAACGAUUGAGGUUUUCAGACGUCUGAAGAAUUCUCUGUCUGAACUUUAUAAUUACACAAGUCUUAAUGGGAGGGUGACACCACAGAUAUGGCAAGUACUUAACCAACUUUCAUUGCAAAUUGAUUUAUUCCGGAGGAAGGAGGAAGUUUUCAAAAAGCAAAUCAAGGAGGAGAAGGAAGGUUACUAUAGAUUUACUGGACAAGCUACGCGGGAAGUGUCAACAGAAGAAGAAGAGAUCAACCUAGAACUGCGUAGAUUAUUCCCAAUGCAUCGUGAUGAUGACUUCAGAGAGAUUGAUGACAGCCAACCUACAUUAGAAGCCAGAGUUUCCACAGAUGAAGACCCAGAAGACUGCAACCAUGUAUCGGUCUGCGAUGGUACUAUGAUCGUGGAAAAUGUGAUAAUUGAUGAAGAUAUAUAUGAAGUUUACGAGAUUUAUUCCAAGCUGGUCCAGCACUUUGUGAAAGCUCGAUGGCUAGAAACACGUGGUGAUACCCCCCAACGGGAUUACAUUGAGCCAUUGUUGGAGAGAUUUAGAAUAUUUAACACGAUUCUCCCAAGUGCUCAGACAUGUCUAUCCUCUGGCUUAACUUCGAAAUUGUACAUGAGCUUUAAUAUUCUGACGUCAGUGGCUGCGUGUGACAGCCGAGGCGAGGUAUUCUUCAAGGAAUCUUCAUUUCACAAGAAACCCUACAAUUUCUACAAGUCCAAGAAUAUCGCAGAGGUUCAAACUUGUCUUCCCAUUCUUGAUACCAUUUUGCAUAGAGUUAAUGAUCUCCUGAAGCAGUGGCCAGAGCAUCCAACUCUCUCCUCUAUCCACAUUAUCAUCACCCGAAUUCACAGUUUCCCCGUUCACUCACCCAUCUCACGAUUCCUAACUGGUCUUGAGCUUCUUCUCGUGAAGAUGAGAGAAUGGGAGGAGAAUGCUCACAGUGGGGUAAGUCUCAUUGAGCAGUCGACAUCCCUCACUCAACAGAUUAUUGAGUGGAGGAAAUUGGAGCUCAACUGCUGGAAAACCCUUCUUGAAUCUGUCUUUGAGAGAUUGAAAACUAAAGCAGCAAAAUGGUGGUUGUUGCUGUUUAAUGUCGUCCAAUCGUACUUGAAUAAAUCAUCUGAAACCCCUAGCCCUCCAGAAGAGAGCGCUGAAACUGAAAACGAGGAAAUUCUCACAGCGAAAAUUUUGAUCGAGCAACUAGAAAAUUUCAUGAAUCAAUCUCCCUUGGUGGAGUUCCAAGCUAGACUGGAGCUACUCUACACUUUCCAUUGCUACAUUUGCUGCGCCGAACCAAGUUCAGAGAAAGACGAACUACUUGCCAUCUUCUGGAAUAUCCACCAUUACUACGGUCAGUUUAGCAAGGAAGUAGAAGCUAAAAUAAAUUCUCUGAAGUCUCCCAUCGAGAAAAAGCUCAAGGAAUUUGUCAAAAUUGCCAGAUGGAAUGAUAUUAACUACUGGUCUGUCAAGGAGACUGUUGAGAAGACCCACAGGACUCUCUUCAAAUUUGUUAAGGAAUAUGAGAAUGGGUUGAUGCAAAACGUUGGGGCCUGCCUCGUUGUUAAACCAUCGAACUAUGAUUUGGAGGCAAAUCGUGGUGAGUGGGAUCGGUCCAGAGAUCGUGACUACACUAUCGAUCCAAUGGAUUACAUCAUUCCUUCGCUUCCCAAAGUAUCGAUUACUCUUCAGGUACCGAAUGAUCUCAUAAACAGAAGUGCGAGUCUCUUGAUGAAGAGCAGAGAACUUUGUAAGCAGACCAUAACAAAGUCUAUGUAUCCUCCAUUGAGAUUAGAAUUGGAACAGUUCAUUGAAGACUCUAUGACUCAUGCGAUUAGUUUGAAAAACAUGGAAGUCGACAGGACAUUACCACUCAGUAAACAAAAGUCACAUGCCAAGAGUAUUCUCCAGCAGAAGAAGAUGGCACUGGCUGACUACUUCAAGUCGUUAAAUAGCUUCGGAAUGUCAUAUAGGAAAGGAUUACUGGCACUGAAGAAUCGACCUGAGGACAUAAACAACUUCACUGUUCCCCCAGUGGAAGUAUCUUCAGCCCUCAAGAAGUUCGAUACUCUCAAGAGAAUUGAUCAGCAGAUGUUGGCCCAGUGGGCUGACUGUCAAUCCUAUUAUUAUAAAUCUCUGAUCAAGUUGAAUGCUCUGAACAGUGCUUUCAUGAAGGUUCAGACUGACCUGGGGGUCUCCAACAUGGAGAGAUGCAGUGGAUAUUCCAAUCAUUUAAUGCUCCUGAUUCACAAUGAAAAGAAGAUCCUGGCAGAGAACUUCGAUACGUUUAUCAUUUUCAAAGAACGUAUUGCACAGCUGAUGAGAAUCGAUACUGAAGAUAUUGCUCUUCCAGUCUACCAAGACAUGAGCACCUGUUCCAAUCAACUGAAGGAUCUGUUGUUAUUCCUCCAAAUAAAUUUCGAACAGCUGGUGAUCUAUCUCCAUUCGUGCCCCAGUAAUGAUGGUAUAGAAGGCGAUUCAGAGGUUUUGCUGGUUGAGUCUAGCAACAUUCCUAUAGUCAAUUCCAAGAAAGAUGAUGAUGUUUGGAGUUCGGCAAUCAGCAUGCUGACGAGCUGUUCAGAUAUUGUUUCGGAGGAAUUAAAAAAGCACGUUAAAAUGUUCGGGCAAUCUUCACAUUCUGUUAUCAGAACAGCCAUUCACUAUAAUUCCUUGGGCAUCAGUCAACAGAGUCUCCAGAAGAUCAGAGACACCAUCUCUCAUUUCCUAAAGCUGUUCUCGGAGGAUCACCCCAUCAUGGAGACGAUCCAAUACAUUGAAACAAAGAUCGAGGCAUGGAGUGUAAGCUUUACAGAACUUGAACUGAUUCCCAACACCGAAGUCAGUCCCUCGAAUUUUAGAAUAACAGAGUUCAGUGAUGCUGCUGAAGCUCUGAUAAAGACCGUCCUUUUCAUCAUCCAGGAGAAGUAUAAAGAAACAUCUAGCAGUGAAACCGAUGGAGCACCUGAUGGAGACGUCGCAGUGCAGAAAACAAAAGACGUGGAAGAGGUAUCGGACUCCCAACUAUUGGAGAAUGGAUUACGAGAGAAAUUAAUAGAGUCUUUAGAGAAAGAUAUUACGACCUUGAGGCUAAAUGAACUCAAUGACAAACUUGAAAAGCUCAUUGAACUCAGUCAGACAGUAACACCAUCAUUCUCGUCACAAUCGAACUUGAUUUGGCGAAGAUGUCUUCCAAUUCUGAAUCAAUAUCUCCAAUUAUCACAAUUUUAUCUUCAUGAACAAGUUGCCUUGUUCCGAACGAGCUGUAAAUUCUUGUACAUUCAACUGAAUGUCUUCUUGGAUCUGGCGACCAAUGGUUUCUGUGUCCCAAAAGAUCUCGAUCUUGGGGAUGCUGAAGCUGAUGAGAAUGGUGAGCAACGAGACUCUGACAAAGGAGGAAUGGGUCUUGCUGAUGGAGAAGGGAAGAAGGAUGUUUCCGACAGGCUCGAGUCUGAGGAUCAGCUGGACGAAGCAAGACCAGCUGGUGAGGAAAAAGACUCUAAAGAGGAUAAAGAUUGCAAGGAGGAGGAGAAUGGUAUCGACAUGAGCGAGAAUUUUGAUUCCAAGCUGCAAGACUUGGAUAAAGAAGACAAUGAAGAAGAUGAUGAUAACGAGAAGGACGAGGACGAUGAGGAUCUUGAUAAAGAGAUGGGUGACACGGAAAACGGAACUGAUCAAUUGGAUAAGGAGAUCUGGGGUGAUGAAGAGGAGGAACAGGAGACCGAGACGAACGAUACGGAUGAGCAGGGAGCAGGUGAACAACUUGGAGACAAGGAAAUGACUGCUAAAGACGAGAAGACGAAGAAUUCUAAUGAGGAAGACCAAAACCAGAGGGAGAAUCGUGAAGGAGACGAUGAAGAGAAAGAAGAGAUUAAUGAGAUGAAUGAACCAGAUGUCAAUGACGAUCAGAUCAACCCCUAUCAUGGUAACCAAGAGCCCCAACCGGAGCCUGAGGCUUUAGAUCUACCAGAAGACCUGAAUCUCGAUGAUGGUGAAGGUAAGGAAGACAAUGCCGAGGGGGAGGAAAACCCUUUUGAUAUUGACGAGAUGAAGGAAUCUAUGCCACCACCAGAGGUGAAAGAACCAGAAGCACCUCAAGAGGAAGAGAAGAAAGAUAAUGCUCAGGAUAAUGACUCCAGUGACGAAGACGAAAAUGGGCCUUCGACAUCAGAUCCAGAAGUCAAAGAUUUGGAUGAGAAUGAGCAGAAUCCUGAGGAGGGCUCCAAUCAAGCCCCAGAACAGAGUUCCAAGGACGAGGAGCCAACACCUGAAGAAACGGAGAAAUCUUCUGAGGAACAAGUUGCUCCAAGUAUGGAUGAUGCCAGUGAAGAGACGGAUGCUGCUCAGGAAUCGAAAACAAAGGACGGCUCUCACGAUAAAGUCCCGGAUAAGGAGAAUAAGAACGAAGAACAAGAGUCUUCAGCAGCUGAGAAUAAUCAAGAUAAUGGAGAGGAUCAGGGGACAGGGCAGGCAGAGACUGAAGAGCCUGAGCAUGGUCAUGUUGGCACUUCGUCUCAGAAGAAUACACCUGUACAGCGCCAACAGAUGGAACGAACGCCACAAGAGAAACGAAAGAAUCCUGGUGAGAGCGACGAGAAUCAUGCCUUAAUGGAUAACAUCCAGCGUGAUAAGAAGAAGCAGAAGAUGAUUUCCUCGAGAGAGGAAUCCUCAGCCGACAAGGAAGACGAUGAGGGAGCAGAGGGGGACAAGGAUGAGGAUGUUGACAUGUGUGAACACGUAAAGGAAUCGGAGAAGUACGACAGUUAUGCGACUGAUGCUGCAACUGAAGAGCAAGCGAAAAAUCAAGCAACUGCGGAGACAGAGGAAAAUUCCGAGGAGAAGGAUGAAGAGGAUGAAAUGAAUGUGGAUAUGCAUGAGGAUAAACCUGUCGAGGCAGACGAAUUGCAGAAAAUGACACAAAAUCCGGAAGAAACUCCCGAAUCAGAUGAUAAGAAGGAUAAGAAGUCGAAGACGAGUUCAAAGGGCCAAGUCCUGGAAGAAUCGUCAAUGGAGACUCAAGUGGAGGUUGAGGGGGAGAAUGUCGACACUUUUGGAGUUCAGAGAGCUGCAGAGUCGGCAUUUUACACAAAUUUAAUCGAGGACUCUUCGAUGAUGACAAUUGAGGAUAGAAGACAGGAAAUCGAGAGUAUGCUGAGCCAAUGGCGCUCUACACCGACAACAGAACAAGCUAUGGCAGCCUGGAACAGCCUCUGUGCAGUGACAGAGGGUUCUGCGAGAGAUUUAUCGGAGAAAUUGCGACUGGUGCUGGAGCCGACACAAGCUACUAGACUAAGGGGAGAUUACAGAACUGGAAAACGAAUUAACAUGAGAAAAAUCAUUCCUUACAUUGCUAGUCAAUUCAGGAAGGAUAAAAUCUGGAUGAGGAGGACUAAACCAUCGAAGAGAGAUUAUCAGAUUGUGCUGGCGCUGGAUGACAGCAGUAGUAUGUCUGAUAAUCACUCGAAGGAACUGGCCUUCGAGUCCUUAUCACUGAUUUCCAAGGCAAUGGGAUAUCUGGAAGUCGGAGAACUUGGUGUUCUCAGUUUUGGAGAAACACCCAAGGUUCUCCAUCCAUUGGGGGCUCCAUUCACCGAGGAAAGUGGAUCCAGACUCAUUCAGGAUAUGAAAUUCGAUCAGAAGAACACGAAGAUAGCGGAGUUGGUUCACUUCACGGUGGAUAUGUUCGAGGAACAUAGGACAGCAACUGAUAAUGCCAAACUUCUUCUCAUUUUGAGUGAUGGAAGGGGACUCUCCUCUGAUGGACUUAACAAGGUCAUUCGUGCUGUCAGGAGGGCCAAACUGAAGGACAUUUUUAUCGUUUUUAUCAUUGUGGAGAACCCGAACAGCAGAGACUCGAUUUUGGAUAUUCGUAACGCAGUUUUUGAAGGUGGCAAAGUGGUUUUUUAUCCCUAUUUAGACAGCUUUCCGUUCCCAUUCUACAUGAUUUUGAAGGAUAUUAAUGCACUUCCUGGAGUUCUCAGUGACGCUCUUAGGCAGUGGUUCGAGGUCGUAGGAAAGAUUGAUUCUUAAUUGAUGAUCCAAUAAAAUGUAUUGGAUGUAUUCAUUCUUCUAACUUUUGGACUAUUUUUCCACCAUAUGAAUUUUAUUUUGUAAUUAUUUUGUAAAAAUUUGGAAGUUGACCUUCCUUUCUCAUGCUCAAUUCCUUCAUAACUUGAGUCCUACUGACAAAUAAACUAUUUUAUGUACUCAUUAAUGUAUGAAUUCUAAAUGUUGAUUCUAUUCGAAUGACAUGAAAUUAUUACGUUCCAUUUGAGUAAUAUGUAUUGAAAAGUGUAAAUAUUUAUUGAAAUAUAAAACUAUUUGUAUAGA